GGAACCACACCCGAGUAGACGUUCGGCAUCCCCACGGGCCACGCCGCCCGCGAAAAGAGAGGGGGGAUAGGAGACGACGACGCGUUGAAGACCGAACCACCCCGCAGCCCGGCCGAUGCAUACUGGAGCGGGAAAAUUAUAUGGCGGGAGAAUUUGGCGCCAUCUCUUCCACUUCCCGCCCCGUCCUCCCUAUUUAUCUCCCGGAACAACCUCGUCGCCUCAAUUCCUCAAAUCAAACCCCUCCUCCACAACUCCCUUUCUCCCGUAGCCGCCGCCCAAGAAUCCCCACAUCCAUCGCCAUGGCCGCCACCAACGGCGCCGCUGCCGACUCUGUGCAGGAACCGCCUCACAAGAUCACCAAGAUCGCGCCCCUGCUCAAGGUGAAGAAGCUCUCCGAAAAGGCCAUCCUGCCGUCCCGCGGAUCCGCCUCUGCCGCCGGCUACGACCUCUCCAGCGCGGCGGACGCGGUCGUUCCGGCCAGGGGAAAGGCGUUGGUGCCUACUGACCUCAGCAUCGCCAUCCCGGAAGGCACCUACGCGCGCGUCGCGCCAAGGUCAGGGCUAGCGUUGAAGCAUUCCAUCGACGUGGGCGCUGGAGUGAUCGACGCGGAUUACCGUGGCCCGGUGGGCGUCGUGCUCUUCAACCACUCGGAGGUGGACUUCGUUGUGAAGCCUGGCGACCGCAUCGCGCAGAUGAUCAUCGAGGUUAUCGUGACGCCAGAGGUCGCUGAGGUGGAGGACCUCGACGCCACCGUCAGGGGAGAGGGAGGCUUCGGGUCCACUGGCGUCUGAACUCUGAACCUUGCUAGUUUUACCUCUAGAGUCCUGCUCUGUUUGGGAUGGUUAUGGAACCCUUGGUGUCUUUUGAUGCUUGCGUGCGUGUGAUGAAGAAUGGAAUCUUAUGAUCUCUUCCUAGAGAAGAUUGUGUUUCGUCCAUUAAUGCUGCAAAUGAUAAGAUGGUUGUGAUCGGAGUUUGUCUGCA